UAUCUUGAUCAUCUUGAAUCUUCUUGGACUUGCUUUGAUUUUUCUUUGGUUUUCUUUGAUUUUUGUUCUUCUGGGGUUUAUGGGGUAUCACAAAACUGCUUCUUUGUUUUUUUUUUUUCUUUCUAUUUUUUCUUGGAUUUUCGGUUUUUUAAGGUUCUACUUUAGAAUAGCUUAAAGGAAAUAAAUUUAAAAAAUAAAAAAAAUAACACCGUUGUUGCUUGUGGUAGAUGGCAACUUAAAAGCUUUGAGGGGUUUUCGGUGAAUGUGUGUCUUGCAAGUCUGCGUUUUUAUUUUCUUUUAAUCAACGUUUUUCUUUUUCUCUUCAUGUUGAUCGUUUCUGAAGAAACCUUCUGUAUAUGGGCAUUGAUUACUAUAACUUCAGCUUGAAAAUUGGCUCAGAUGGAUGGUUUAUUCAACUUUUAUUCCUUAUUUUUUUUCUUUGAGGUAUUUUCAACUUUAUUACCUCAUUUCCUUUUCCACCCUAUUGUUGAUUGAUCAAAAUUCAGUUCCAUCCUUUCUCAAGGAUUAACAUCUGAAGUUAGCCUUUUUUUUUUUUAAUAUGAAUCUUAUGUUAAGUGAAAAUAUGUUUAUCUAAUGCAACCAAUGAAGUGGGAAGCUUGAGAAAAUUGCACUGAUUUGGUUACCUACCAUGAAUUGUUUGGGAUUCAUCUGCUGCCAGUACGGAGGUCGAGAGAUCUGUUCUUGUUGUCGUUCUUGGAUGUAUAUUAUCAUGUCCUGGACUUUUUCUGUAUGCCCUGCAAAGGAAAUGAUGAUUGCAAUGUCUCAAAUGCGGAUGCCACUGAUGGAUACAUGACAGUUGGAACUUGGAAAUUCUUAUAGGUUUAGAAUUACUUGAUCAGAAUGAUAGCAUUUCAAUUGUAAUUGUAGUUGCUGAUAGGUAGAUUGAAUGGUUGAGUAGUGUAAAACUGGUAAGGGUUGGAGGCUAGGGUUGCAGUUGUAAGUUGAUAGCCGUGUGUCUUAGCAUUAUCAUCUGGUAAGCAAAAAUGGUGAAAUGAACAUUUAAGACCUUGCCGAGGGACCACAUUGGUAAUUUCAAGCUAGUUUUUCAUCUCCUUAGGUUGAUCAAGAUCAACAUUGUUGAAUUAAAUAUUAGUGAUGGGCUUGCCACAGAUUCCCCCAAAUGAAACUGCUGAAAAGGUUGCACUUGUGGGUGCAGCUUUAACUAGCUCGCCACAUUUUUCUGAUGCAAGCCCCUCUGCCAUAAACAGCUUGAACAGUGUAAACACUGGUGGGUUGGCUGGGUGUACUCUGGGAUCUUCAUUUGAUGAUUUCCCGAAGAAUGCCUCCUUAGAAAUUUCAAAUGUUUCUGACGAUACAUUUUAUAGAGGAGCCAUGGAAGUCGCUUCCAAUGUCCACAGUUUGAAGAUUGGUUCAACAGAUAAAAGUACACCUUUUGCUCCAAAAAGUGGACGCAAUGUUCAUAUUCCUGCUUUAAGGGUUGUUGGUUUUGAAUCAGGCCAAACUAAUACUUCAACCGAUGGUUUGGCUGAUGUUUCAGUUGUAAAUCUUCAUUCUUCCGUUUCUACUAAUUUCCCAGCCAAUGACAACGAGUCAGCCAGUUCAUUGGUCAGGAAGCGACUUUUAUCUCCACUGAGCAGUAUCCUCUCCCCAAGUCAUUUCAAAGGUGAUCCUCUUGACAUUGGCUGCAGAAAUAAUGAGACUGGAUCCCUUGUUAAGAAUGACAAUGUUAGAAAUUCCAUUGCACAUGAUAAUAAGAAGGCAAAUAUUGGAAGUAAAAGCAGUUAUACAAUGUCUUCUUGGUCCUUGACAAAUUGCUUGGAGCAAAGAAUCGUGCCACACAGUACAGAAUCCUUUUUUCAAAGUGAUGGUCCUUUGAAGGAAAAUAGAGGACUUCUGUCUCAGGGUAGUUCACCCACUGCUGGAAUUGAUCACUUUAGUGAAUUGAGUCAGGUUAGGCCUCAAAGUGGCAUAACAUCCAUAUCUCCUAAAAAUGUGAGCUCUCCUCUGUCCUUGUCACCUCUUGGUCGUAAAUUCUCGGAAAGAAUAAAAACUGCUGGAGGAUGUAGGAAUGUUGUUGAAGAGAUAAAGAAUUGCAAUAUAACUUCAAGGAGUAUAGAACAAUCACUUGACAAUUCCAAUUCACGCCUCAUGUUAAAUUAUAAGGAUGAUGAUUCCAGAGUUGUACGCAAAUCUUUUGAUGAUGUUGAAUUCUUAUGCAAAGAUUUCUGUCCAUCUUCUCUGGAUGACAUUGCCGACAUGAGUUGGCCACUAUGUCAAGAAUCAGCUCCCACUUCUCACUCGAUGAGAUUCACUAGAAGUUUGAGUGGGCUUUCGGUCAGGAGGUCUUUAGUUGGUUCAUUUGAGGAGUCUCUUUUAUCUGGCCGGUUCUUAUCUGGAAACAAUAGCAAGAAAAUUGAUGGUUUUCUUGCUGUGCUAAGCAUUACUGGGGGGAACUUUUCUCCUAAAUCUCAGAAGCUUCCAUUUUCUGUUACUAGCGUGGAUGGAGAUUGCUAUCUACUGUAUUAUGCAUCAAUAGAUCUUGCAGGAAAUUCCUCUUCAAACAAGUUUAGAGGCCAAUUGCUUGGAAAAAAUGAUUCCCAAAUUGUAAAAAGCCGUUUGCGUAUACCAAUGAAGGGACGGAUUCAACUGGUGCUAAGCAAUCCAGAAAAGACUCCUCUUCACACUUUCUUUUGCAACUAUGAUUUGAGUGACAUGCCAGUUGGUACCAAAACAUUCUUGCGCCAGAAAGUCACCCUUGAAUUGACUGGCUCUACUUCCCCUCAGUUGAAACAGAGAUCAACAGGUUUAAACAGUGGAAUUGACAAGGGGAUUCCAUCAAUGCAAAAGAAUCAUGACAUCUCAUGUGAUGGAGAAGUAAUGCAUACAGAUGCAGCUAAUGUUAUAAAUAAAACAAAAUCUACAAAUCAGGGAAAUGGAAAGGGUUCUAGCUUGUUGAAUUUAAUAAACAAAGAGGAUUCUUUGAAGCAAUCUUUGAAAACAAAAACACUGGGAGCCCCUUCCUCAGUGAAGCUUGAUUAUGAGUGUAUUACUGAUAAAUGUGAGAGGAAUGAAAGAAAGGAGUGUUGGGAUAAAACAUGUCAUGAAUCAGGGAAACCACUAAAUUCCUGUUCAAAGGUGAAGGACAAUUCUAGUAGUGGGGGUCCUCUUCGUUAUGCUCUCCACCUACGCUUUAUUUGCCCUAUUCCUAAAAAGACCAUCAGAUCAGCUCAAAAAAGCAAAAAUAAUUCACUUCAAGAAAAAUCUAGAUUGGACAUGGAAGGGGAACGAAGAUUCUACUUAUGUAAUGAUUUGAGGGUUGUGUUCCCUCAACGUCAUUCUGAUGCCGAUGAGGGCAAGGUGCAGGCAGAUAAGAUUGAUGUCUUGGUUUGUGUGUAUUGUGCAAUUUGGAAUCUAUUUGUUCGCAUUUCUUGGUCCUCCUAGUCUCUGACAAAGGUCUAUUGUGGUUUGUUUGGCAGUUGAACGUGGAAUACCAUUUCCCUGAAGAUCCAAGAUACUUUGACAUCAACUGAAAAUUCUAGUUUAACCCCUCAAAAAAAACAUGCUGCUUUUGCUGACCCUCUAGUACAUAAUCACAAGUUUGUCUUCAUGACUCAUGUCCUCUGGAAAAAUAGUACUAACCCUUUUCCUGAUGUAAAUACUUAAACAAUUUCAAUAAUUUAAUGGGUUAACUAUUUUCAAUUGCUGACUUAA